GAAUAUGUAGGAACGGCGUUCUGCAUUACACCAUAUCUUUUGGCCUCAUUCGCAGCUGCGCUUUCAGAUCAUUCGUCACUCUUUGUCAACAAAACACAAUUGGGCAUCGCCAGUCAAGUUGCUACAAAUGCUCAACUGACUGGGCUAUACUUUUUGGCCCCUUCAAACCCUGGCUCACGUUUCACAUCCUAUCGUCCAGAGAGGCGACAUAAACAACAUGGCAAGUGGUGACGACGCGCCGUGCAAGUCAACACUUUUUGUCAGUACAAGCGAUGAGAGCUCCGACGACGAUGAUAUUUCACUCACAUCUGCCAUCGUUGACGCCGAAGAUAAGGAAUAUGUCGCGGACGGCAUUCUGGCCGAGCGGCCAGAUGAGAAAAGGCCUGGCCAGCUGGAAUAUCUGAUACAAUGGGAAGAUUAUCCCCUCGAUCAAUGCACUUGGGAGCCUCGCGAAAACCUGUCAGAAGGUCUUCAUGGGCAAUGGGAAGAGCAGAAAAGACAGGUGGCGGCUGGAAAUUGGAUCCCGUUUGAUAUGCAGCUUUAUUAUGAUGCCGUAGUUGCUGAAAGCAGGAUAUAUGCGGAAAGGCACAUGAGGCGCAAUGCGAAACGGCAGAAGCUUGGGCUGCCUCUGACAUACCCUUUCCCACCUGACUUCGUGCCUGCACCCUCUGUUUCCACCGAAAGCAGAGAUGGUUCGGAAUGGUCUUCUAGCGAAGAUCCUAUGGAGUUGGACCAAGUCGACCCAGGCCGUGCCGCAGAAGCCCCAUCUCCCAAAGGAAUCAAGCCAACAAUUCCCAAAGGAACCAAGGGGAUACCCUCAACAACUGCGGCACCGGGCCAGACAAAAGUUGGCGCUGGUAGAGCACCGGAGGUGAGACGACGAUCUGCUUCAUCAGACUCUCCUGCCAAAAGCGCCGGUAGAACGGGGACUAUCACUGGAUAUCAGGGCACCGCGAGGAAGCCAAGUCUACCAGAGAAGGCCCCCGCGCGGCCAGCAGCAGUGGUCAAUAAACCCACAAACAAGUCUUCGAGCUUAGCAAACAAGUUUAAGGCGACUCGAACUCGCCCUCAGCCAAAGCCCGUCUUAUCAAGGGUAGCAGCUGCGCCAGUAUCUAAAGUCAACAAGGCCAGAACCCGCCGAAAGACUUUAGGUCAAGUUAUGAUGGACCCAACAAAGAGUCCAAAAAACUUCAGCUCAAUGCGAAUCAUGAACAUGGCACGGAAGAGAGGAAUAGAGCUAAACGACGCAGCUCCGUCAAAUCCAUCAGAUAUUCCGGCAAAUUUCUUGCUUACAGGCGACCAGCCGAAGAAGAGCCAGUCACUCAAUCACCCGAAGGAACAACCGCCGAAGGAUGUGGAUGAGUUUUCUGAGAGACCCAAAAGCAGUACGGUGAACACUACGGAAAAUUCAGUACCAUUUAGCGGACCAAAGAAGGUUCAGAAGUCAGUGCGCUUUACGGAAGAUAGCUAUGAUUCUCUCUUCGACGAACCAAUGGAUAUUGACGAUCCGCAAGGGCAACCCGAUACGGAAAGCCCUGCCAGCAGGCCUUCGGCUACGACGAGGAAACUAUCUCUGGCUAACUAUCAGGGAAGAUCGGCUGAGAAGUCGGCUACUCAGGCCGUCAUGAAGCAGGUGUCGUUCGGUUCUCAAGGGUCCCAAGAAAUUCGCGUCAUGUUCCAUGGUAUCAGACGGGGGGACCGGCCAUGGAUCACGCAGUUUCAAACGGAUGAAAAAUUGCACUUUCGAACUGUUUGCACUUCUGAGAAUUUCCUUUCCCAAUACUUUUUUGCACCUCCUGCAGCCGCUCGUGAGUCAAAAUUAUCUGGUGGCAAAUUGGAGCCGGUUCCUGUCACUGAGCGCACGGCUUUGGAGACAGUGGCCAAGAACCUUAGUAGGAUGUCAUUGGGGUUCUACUUGACCCGUGAAGAUUACUCGAUACUGGUAUACCCAGGCCAGUGCGAGGCCUGGGCAUGCUUGUCUGAUCCAGCCAGCCCACCCGAGGUUGGACUCUGCUAUCUGAUAUUCGGAUCCAAUCUCAGCCCAAGACACCAUGCUCCAUUGUCAGCUGCCAUCACAGCUUACACAACUGGUGAUCCAAAUGCUGCAGACGUGGUAAAGAUGGUACUGAACCGAUUCUCUUUCAUGAAUUAUUCCACACUACUGCCAUCAGCUAAAGUCACCCGAGGCCAGCAUGUGUUCUUCCUCUUAUUUUGGAAUCCAUGUCGAGUCCAAAAUGUACCUUCCCAAGACCAGUUUUGGAACCCAUCGCAAGGCCUGUUGGCACGCAUUUUCUCCCUCUGGUUACGUGCUUGUCAACCUAAUUGCCGAAUAUAUACCAAUGAGAAGGACGGUAAUUGGAGGCGAUUCCUGGACUCAACCAAUGCUGGUGCUGUGAUUCUGCACGAGCCCGCCACCAAAAAUAUCAGAAAAAUCCCUAGGCUGUGGGAAGCGGUCAAGAACGGUGCGCACAACUUCUGGAAUUUGUCCUCAUCCAGUCUCGACCCGAUACGGGGCGCGAACGCAAUAGGAGACUCCCCGGAUAGCCGAGUCGCGGUAACCUUGCCUGCUCAACUAAAGUUGAGCAUCAUCUUUCCACGUGGGCGCGCAUUCCUCAUAACUCCUAGCUUUGCGAUAUCUGAGCCAGCUAGAUUAUGUAUGUUCCUGGAUUGGUUUCGCCACAAGAUGAAAUCUGCUCAGUGCGUCCUUGUGGCAUGCGCAGACUUCCCCUCUUACCUCCACACCCUGGCUCUAGAGAAGGCAUAUGAACGCGAUGAAUUCAUCCGGGAGAAUUCUACAGACUUGAUGGUCGAACUUCUGGCUUCAGAGAAAGGUCUAGGCGAAACAGAUGUCUACGACAGAGUGCAGGCAUGGAAAUCACUGAGGGCCUUGAUGGAUGCCACCCAUCAUGGCUUUGGUCUGGAUGAGACCUCGGAGGGUAUACGGAAAACGGUGUGGGCAGAUGACUUGAUUGAUCCCAACGAUGAACAAAGCCUUGUCAAUUGGUACGCGUGGUGGUCAACUACGCGUCUGGACUGCUAUCGCAAGUUCUACGUCAUCGGCUCCAGCCCGAGUGGGAUCAAGAAGGCCCACCGAACGGCUCGAAUCCCCAACUAUACACCCGACACUAUUAAUGACCCAGAUGCGGCCCUCGCGUAUCUCACCGAAUCUCAAGAAGCCUCGAAUGCCGCGCCUGGCCCUGCUAGCGUACAAGUUGCUGUUGUCGACGCGCAAUACGUUUUCAAAAGUAGGAUACUGAGAAAUGAUAACGCACGCGACUUCAAGGAAAUACUCACCGAACUUGACAAAAAGUGUUAUGGGAGCUUCUUCAGGCUUUUUCGGGACCCAAUAGCCUGGUACAACACCGAAAUGAUGGAUCACUUCCAGGACAAGGAUAUGCGUUCGCAUUUCAAAACAUUCAGAGAUUGGUUCGCUUUUCCAACAAGAUUUCACCAGAAAUUCAACACCUUUAUUGGUCUGUUCUAUACUAUAGAAACCGACUGGAGUGGGGAGAACGACGACCGUCACUCCCCGCGCCACCCUUGGCUUGCAAUCUACCGCCCUGUUAACGCUCACAAGCUUUAUCCAGGGUAUGCGGCCAUGGAGUUGUUGAUUUGGGAUUGUGCUGCAAAGGAUAGAUUCCCGGACCAGCCAACUAUCGAGCACUUACUCCCGAUGCAGAAGCGGGUCAUAGAUUUUGUCAGGGAAGAAGCUCCCAAACGUUUUCCCGAUUACCAUCUUGAAAGAAUAUGGGUUGGAGGUUUCAACGUACCUGUAGAUGCUGAAUUUCCAGUUGACGUCACUGUUAUGUCUCUCGAAGAAAUGAUGGGCAACGCGAGACGCUGGCUACCCCCUAUGGAGGAUCGUCUCCAGAGAGCGGGCUGGAAAAAACUUAUUGAAGGACCAGCACACCAGGUGCCAGGCAGGGCCAAUGACUUCUUUAUUACAGCGCCCCUGCCAUUCCCAACCGGCUCCAGGGAGACGGCGGGGUUCCCAAAAUGCGCAUCAGACACAUUGGAACCUGGAAGAGUCAUAUUCCACGCUCCUCGUGGUGACCAGUCCGGCCGUAGUGCUUGCACCAACUCCCUUCACGAUGCGGCGCGCAUGGAGCGACUGAAAGACCCCAAUUGCAUGACAUUCAAGUACGAGUACAAGGAGCACACCCUCGCUUGGUAUCAUGAUCUCAGAAAGGAGGGUCGCGCCUACAGUCACAUCCAUGUCGACAUGUGGGAUAGGGUGUUUGAGGAUAUCAGGUGUAAAUGGACUCGAUGAAGGGUGAAAAAGGGUUGUAUAAUUAAUAUGACACUGAUGACGAGAUCAUUGGCGUUGUAUCUUCGAUUGCAGGACCGAAACGGGGACGGCCGGCUGUGGACGGACGACCUACGCCCGAUUGCAACACAUUCUGCUCCCUUGCUGAGAAUAAUUUUCGUUGAGAUAAUUUUCAUAUAGGCGUGGCACUAGCCAUCGCGAACAUUUGCUGAAGGAAUUCACAUUCCGUUGCACAAAGUCAUGGCACCUUCGCCUAUGCUCAGUGUAAUUAGCCACGUAUGAAAUUAACAACACUUUCCACAAGGAGCUUGCGACACAUCGUAGAACCGCAGGCCGUCCAAUCAAAUAGAA